UAGGACAUACAGCGCAGCGUCACAGUUAGUCGGCCAAUCAAACACAGUCCUGCCUAUAAAGAGUAGAAAAGAGGGUUUUUUCCUUCCUGUUUUUCACACAGCAAUUUUCUGCACAAUGGCUUUUUCACUGCUGGCUUUUUAUUUUGCAAUACUGUUAUCGAGGACUCUGGAGCUGUCCUCAUCUGGUCAUCAGAAGAGCGCUUUUGUGUCACGUAAAACGAGUGGCAACUUGAUUUUGAAAUGUUUCUACGAAGGUGAGGUUGCUGCAAGGCUUUACUGGUAUAAACAACCUCUUGGACAGAAACCAAUGCUCAUCUCUUACUCCUACAUAUAUGAAAAAAAUAACACAUUUUUUGGCGAAUUCAAGAAUAAUCGCCGCUUUUCACUGGAUACUGAAAAUGGCAAAAACCACUUGAUGAUCGGAGAUUUACAAAUUUCAGACUCAGCGACUUACUACUGUAUGACCUCUUAUUUAUACAGAUUAACAUUUUCAGAAAGCAUUACUGUUAUUGUUAACGAUGCAGAAUCAAACGUCCAAGCUGUGGUCCAACAGUCAGCUUCUGAGAUCAUCCAGCAAGGAGACUCCGUGACUCUCAACUGUACAGUACACACUGGGACCUGUGAUGAAGAACACAGUGUGUACUGGUUCCAAAACUCAGACGAAUCCCAUUCUCAGUCCCAUCCUGGACUCAUUUACACACAUUGGGGUGGGAAUGAUCAGUGUGAGAAAGAAGCUAAGACACAAACACACACCUGUGUCUACAACUUGCCAAUGAAUAACCUGAAUCUGUCUCAUGCUGGGACCUACUACUGUGCUGUCGCCUCAUGUGGACACAUACUGUUUGGAAAUGGAACAAAACUGGACUUUGAACAUAAUGUUUUCUGGAGCGGCACCUUUGCAGUCACCUCCAUCCUGAGUGUAUUGCUGGCUUUCUCAGUGUGUGUGAUCAGCAAGAAAUGCAUCUGCAAAUCUCCUGAAUCUCAAGCAAGUCUCCCCAAAGCAGAUGCAACGGGUUUCCAAGAGGCAGAAAGACUCUAUUUUCCAUCUUCAACUGUCAACCUGCGCAACAGAUCAAGAAGUCGGAAGGAUCGCACCUGGAGUGAAUGUGUGUACUAUAGUGUAAAGCAGUAGUACGCAGAGAAGACACAGUGUUUAAAAUGUAGUAUUUCUUUUUUAUGUUGGGUCAUGUUCACAAUAUAAUUUUUUUUGCUAGUUAAUCACAUUUGUAACGUCACUGUAGUUUGAAGCUAAAGAUGGAAUAAUGAAGGAAUCAUGAGAGACAAAUGUCAGUAUUCACUUCUUUUUUAAUCCUCAUUCUCUGCCAACAGUCUUUUAAUUAUUUUUUUUUUUUUGUAAAUUUAAUGUUUUUGAAGCUCAAUAAACAUAAUAAAGACUAAAAGACCUUCAAGCCUGAGACAAUAUCUGUGUGCCAUUUCAAUUCAGUGAUAACAUGUCUCAUUAUUGUGAUUGUUAUUAUUGUGUAUGAGAGAAUUAAGCCAAGCUUGUCUCUUCAAGAGAAUGGAUCAUGAAAUGCAGUCAUUCUGCUGCCAAGUUAAGUAUAGAAACUAGACUUAAUCUGUUAUCCUAAAUACAAAAGGUCCCAAGCAGGAGUGGAUCUAGAGAAAUUUUCUUAGAGUGGCAGGGAAAUCAAAUGGGAUGGCAAAAUGAAAGUCA